AUGAAUCCACUGGAUUAUGAUCCUCAUAAUCCAAUUCCUCUCUCGGAAAAGCAAGGUCUGGAGCAGUUAUUAGCCGUUGAAUGCUCGUCUUUACCCCCGGAAUGCUACGCCGGAAGUUUUCUCUACGUCGAACGAGAGUUGGCCGUUACUAUAAUCUUCAAAUACUGGAAGAGGGAAAAUUUUGAUCCUUUCAUAGCAUAUCUUGCACUGAACUACUUUGAUCGCUUCGUUUCCACGAAGCGUAUACCGAGAAUAAUGAGUUCUGAAGUAUAUGAUAUGGAACUUCUUGUGAUAUCAUGCCUUACACUUGCUUGGAAGAUGAGAAGCAGAAGUUUUACAAACCCGAAAUUUCUGGUAGAACAGCUACAACCUCGUAACAUCGUUACCGAAGAUCAGUACAUGAGAAUGGAGCUGUGCAUUCUCAAAGGACUCGAUUGGAAUUUGUGUGUUGUAACGGCAUUCAGCUUCAUUCCGUACUUGGAGCGCAAGUUCAACUUGUUUAAUCGCUUUAGGCGCAGAACUAUCAACGAGAUCAUCAUACAAUCGCAAAAGGACAUCGCGGUCACGAAAUUCUCGCCUUCUGUUAUAGCAUCAGCGUCUCUUCUUGCGGCUUCCAAAUAUCUCUAUCCCCAUGAAUUUCCAGAUUACAUGGAUCGAGUCCUUUGUAGAACAAGCUUCAGAGAGGGGGAUCAAAUACUGACCUGCAUGAAAAGUUUGAUUAAAAUGUGUGAUGAGUUGAAACUUUUUGCUGGAAAAAGUGAUGACAAGGCGACCGCUGAUCGGGAUGAGAGAUCGGAGCAAGAUGCUGCACAAGAUGACAAAGAUAAGCAAUUUGGCUUUCAACUUAAGUGGCAAUUAUCUAAAAAGUUGGAGGAAGAUCAUGUUAUGUUUCGCUCUUUACGUACUGAAGAUUUCAAUAAUGUUACUAUGUUAAUGCAAAUGUUAGCAUUUGUCACAUGGCGUAUACAGAGAGAAACAUAG